GAUCUCUAUCUGGAGAUCACUUCUCUUGGCACCCUUCUGUGAGCCCAGGACAUGGGUAAGCUCUUUAUUUCAUUACUCCUUUGUAAACGUGAUAAUCUCUCUGGUCCUAUACUUGUAUACCUAUUUACCUUACAGUCUGUAUACCUGUUUGCUAUACAACAUACACAACCAAGGAUACCAUGUGAGAGCAUUAAAAGUUGUUAAUCAGAUUAUUUUCAGCCUUUAUUAUACAGGUAGUGUUCACACUGACACCUGAUGUUAAGACUGCCUAACUUUUCCCAUUAUAAAAACAUUUUCAAUCUCAUUGCCAACGCAGUAGGUUGACCUUUUCUGGGACUGAUGUCAUUUUGAGGUUUAUUUCAAAGAAAAAAAUAUGAAAGUUUGGUUCUCAGAUAAAAAUGUUUUUGUGAUUUAUUUUUUUUUUCCAGAAUGACCCAGUGAGGUAACAGCUAACUUAUUUUGUAUGGACUCCCUUUCAGCUGCUUCAUUUAAAUAAAAUAGCAGUUACCUACAUCUCUUGAAACACGAACUUAAGGGCUAGCAGGAUUGCCCUUGAUGAGGGUCCAUAGAAAAGCAUCCGUAGCUGGCCAAACCAUGAGCCCUAGAAAAAUCAGGGAAUGCUCACUGGUAUAAGUGGUUGGAUAUUGCAGUUUUGUAGCUUUCUUCUUUGAAGAUUCUGCUUGUAUUUACUCCUGACAAAUCACCAGGAGUGAAAAAAAGAUAGUUGGAGAAUGCAUACAUGGACCAAGCAGGUAGAACUGAUGUGGACCGAGGUGUAGCAAUAGGGAAUGUGAGACUGAAGAAGGAAAUAAAAGCUUGGCAAAGCAAACAAUGCUAGUGGGCACUGAAAAAAGAACAAAUACACGCAUAUGUUAAUAAAAUAAGGAUGAAGUUCUGUGCUGAUAACUAAAAGCCCCAGCAGUCAACUCUCCUGAAAUAUCAGCAUGCAGCUGUUCUCACCUUCCCCAGGAAAAGUCAGCAUCGGGUUUCCACGCAGCUCACUCCAUAACUAGAGCCUCCAUCCAGAUACGUGCUAUUACAAAAUCACUUGUUCCUCUCAUAGAAGUGAUAUUACUCAGUUCACGUUAUGCAGGAAAAAACUGAAGGCAACAACUCUAAAACAGCCUUUGUAAAAGAAAUGCGUUUUAAAUUACUGACAUUGCUAAAAACGCUAUUGCAGGGUGCUCAUUUGCUAAGACUUACAUAUGAAAUUAUUUGGUUUUUAAUUAGGAAGAUUUUAUACUUUUUUCUCUCCUCGUUCCCUCCCACUGAAUUUGUGAUCAGGAAGUUUGGGUUUUAACUCUGGGUUUGCCACCAUUUUUGUUUCGCUUUUGGAAAUUCACAACUUCCUUCUGCCUCUGCUGCCUACAGCAUUUAUAAAACAGAUGUAAAUGGAUGUGACUUACUACUAAAAUAUAGACCUUUCUGCAUAUACAUUAGCAACUACAUUUUGGUCCAGCUCAGCAGCUGCUGAAUGUAGCAAAGACUGCAAUUAGCAUUAGUAAAGGGCAAUCCUCACUAUCUGCCUUUGAUGAAACACAGCUUGGCAUUCACACUUUUCUUCUCUGGUACUGACAACUCGCACAACCCCAAUGUUUUAUGGUCUUCUGCCACCUAACUAACACUUUGUUAAGUAGAACGCCUGCAGUGAUUUUAACCAUAGCCAAGGUGAUUUACCCACUAAUGAUUUACAUUAUGCCAGCAUUUAUAAUCUUGUUGCCUCUGUCCUACUGUUAAGAUGGAAAAUAGAUGAAUAAUUGAUUGAUUUUCCUUAUUUAAAUAAGGAAGGAUAUUAAAUACUUGUUAUGAGGUUGACUGAUGUAUUUUCAGGCUGAUAUAUUGUUCAAAUUCUUACACCUAUUAUUAUAGAGAAUAAGUCAUUCAUUAAUAGCAACUCUUUUAUGAAUUUAGUUCAAGGUGCCAGAAAGGAAUCCAAAAGCUUAAUGUGAGUUUGGACUCUGAAACAAAUAAAAAGCUAUGUGAUUAUCACUUGCAUUUCAACAAAAUAGUUAAAAGAGAGGAAAAACAGUUAUGUCAGGAGGGGAAAAAAAACCACCAAAAACUAUUGCACAGGUAAGUAAGAGCAUAAAAUAACUAUUAAAACAUAAUAGUUCAGUCUAGUGUUAGGAGCUUGGUUGUGGUCAUGGGUCUAGCUAUGUCCCUGUACAGAACUGCUGGGCAGCAUUCACCAAGUCUUUGGAUGCUUGAAUCAUAAAAUCACUUACUUAGGUUGGAAAAGACCACCAAGAUCAAGUCCAGUCACCCACCUGACACUACAAGUCCACUGCUAAACCAUGUCCCUUAGCACCAUGUCCUCACGUCUCCCAAAUACCUCCAGGGAUUGUGACACCGCCACAUCCCUGGGUAACCUGUUCUAAUCCUAACCAUCCUUUCUGUAAAGAAAUUCUACCUAGUAUCCAAUCCCCAAUGGAACAAUGAGUGCCAUUAAAAGAUAUUCUUCUGAGCAUCUCAGUAUCUGUAAUUUCCUAUUUCUAUCUUUUUACCCUUUGACUCCUCAUUUGAAUCUCUUUUUCUCAUUAUUUGUUCUCCUCAAUAAUGAUAAGUUAGUUCCUGGAUCAUUUUUCUGUAGCUUGUCCUUUAGCAUUAAAAUAAUCUCCUUUCAGCCUAAAUAGUUGUAGCUCACUUAUUUCUCAUAUAGAAGUUACUCUAUAUCUCCGACUAUCCUUCUUGCCCUUCCCAAACUUCCUCCAGGCCCCUGUAUUGUUUAAGAAGGUAAGGGAGGACUAGGCUAGAACUCUACAACAUAUUACAAAUGUGGUAAAAUCACAGAUUUACAUAACGGCAGAGUGACAUUUUCUCUUCUGUUCAUUAUUCUCCUAAUGACUCCUAACAUUUGAUUUACUCUUUCAAUCACUACUGAGCACUGAGUGAUGUUUCUGUGUGACUAUCUAUCAUAACUCCCAACUUUCACUCCAGACGGCUCAGAGCUCAUGUAAGUGAAAUUAGGAUUUCUUCCUGUUAUGUACAUCACUAUUCAAUUACCUGCACCGAAUUUCAGCUGUCAUUUUAUUGCUCAGUCACUAAAUUUUACUACCCUGAAUAAAUUACAUAAUCAAACUUGAUUACCUCAUUGCUAAUGUGCUUUCCAGUCACUUAUGAAUAUGUUGAACAGCAAAGGUCCUAACACAGAUCUUAUGGAACCUUGUCUGUCACUGCCUUCCACUGUGAAUACAAACCAUUUAUUUCUGUCUUCCAACCAUCUAACCAUACAAGAAUCUUCCUUUUCAUGAGGUGGUGCUGAGUUUUCCUUGCUGGACUGGGUUAUAUACAUCCAACAGUAUGUUUUUUGAGUUUGGGACUCAAGUUUCAAUGCAUGUGGAUUCUUAAGUUUGCCUGCCAAAGCAAUGAGUUUCUUAGCAUAAUUAGGUUAUGAUUUAAAAAUAUAUAACACUAUAUCACUACCAAGAAGGUUUACUUUCUUUCAUCCUCUUUGAAUUGUUCUGUUAUUGUUCUAUUAUUACAGUCUUCCAUGGAUUAUCUUUCUCCAGUCAAGCUUUCCACAUCUAUACAUUGUCACUACUUUCAUUUAGAGCAAGACUCGCUUCCCCCAUGCAGGACCUUACAUUUCAAGAACUUGUAUCUGCCACGCUUUCUUCAUUAACUGACGUUCUGCCUCCACUUCCACUCUGACUGAUGUAUCAGAAAUCCUGUAACUGUGUAAGGCUUCAAACUAUAUUUUUCUGCACUUAUUGUCUUUCUCAUUACUUUUUAGUUUAAAAGCUCACUUAUGAUUUUUGUGAUUAAAGUGCCCAAAGCUUGCUUUCCUUAGAAGAGGUCCAUCCCUCCCACACAGCCUCACUGCAGUGAGGCAGAUUCUUGACACUUGAUAAACCUGACUCCCUGAUCUUUGCAGCUAUAAUAUAUGGCCGAGGAGAUGUUUGUGUUUGGCACCAGUAUUAUUAUGCUUGCAAAAAGCACAACAAUAAAUAUGCUCUAACAUCGGGUUGGUACCAUAUCUCAAUUGUGGUCCUCUCCUUCCCACAAGGAUGUCAGCACAACCAAGGGUGACAAGCUGUAGGGAGAGGAAAAAUCAAUGACAGAGGGGUAGGGAGGGAAUUUCUGAGUGAAAACAGCCAUCAAAUGACUCUGCGGUGUGCAUUUACUACCUCCCAAGUACUCUGUAAACCACAGUGCACCUGCACAUGAAUUAACACUAUAAAAAUGCAAACCAAUUAAGUCCCAUAUAUUGUUUGUAAUCAGAAGUUUUGAAAAUUACUAGACUAUGAAUGCAAACAUUCAGCAAAAUAUACUGACUUACAAAAUGUCAGGCUUAGGUUUAAAACAGAAAUACUAUUAUCAGAUUUUUGUAAUAAACACAAAACAUUUCUGCUUUUUAAGGAAAUAUUAUUGCUUACUUUCCUCAUUUUAACUUCCCCUGCAAGCACAUACAUACAUCUUUUUUUUUCUUACUGUGGGUUCAUUUAUAUUAAUAAAUACUAUACGUGAUAGUGUGACACUGUCAUCAACAAGUACAAAAAAUGUGUCUGUGGAACUAAAAAUCCCUUAGCUACCUGUCUACAUAAAUGAUGAAUAAGCACUGUUUGCAUGCUGCAGCUAUGAUUUCCCCCCUUGCUCACUGAAGCUGGAAAAAUUCGUUCUCUAAUUUGUUGGGAUUAAAAUGUUUAUCCUAAAUUCCUGUUUCAGAGCAACUCCUACAAAUAGUGCUGCCAAGUCUGGAAGUUUACUUCCACUGAAAAAUUUUUGGGACAAUUCCUGUGCACUUGUUGUCAAGCUUCUGCUGUCUACACAGCAUCUGGAUACAAAACAGAGUUCAAUAAUGUGUUCAAACACAAGUCUCCUAUUAAAAAAGAAAGAAGAAAGAGGAGGACAUAAAAACAAAAGACAACAUUAAAAUAGAAAACAUCAAUUUCAGCCUAUCAUAAGACAUCACGACAAGACAGCAUAGAAACAGGAAAUUAAAUGCCAAAUACACAGUAAAGCAUCAGUAAACCAAGUAGGUUAUGAAGACUCCUCUAUUAUUACUUGAACAUAGAGAGCAAAAUUGCAGUGACAAAAAGAUUUAAAUUACACAAUGCAUGAACAAAACCCACAAUGAUUGUGUAAUUACAGAACAAUAAUAAUUCCAUGCACAAAGAAAAUGUACAGAAAAAGCUUAGAGGCUGGAAUUUCUGCUAGUACAGAUAACACAAACUAAUGCCACACGAAAAAAAACACCAUGAAACUUAAUACAGUAAACUUUUGGUAAGUAACUUUAAGCUUAUUCAAAAGCAAAACAGAACCCAAAUUCUGUACUAUCUAGUAUAGGCAAUAUACUUUGGCAUCUCUGCAGCAGAGCUGCUGGAAGAUUAGGAUGUUAUAUUUGAAGGACUGGAAUGUCUCCCAGUCUUCCUCCCUGGCACUUUACACCAACAGCCAGUGGAGUACCUGCACCACAAAAUGGAAGCAACAAAUGCAACAGAAAUGGCACACCGCUAGUCAUGAAUCCUUGGACUCUCUUGGCAAUAACUGAACAUUUAGGAAAGCUGGUCAAGUGAAUUGUGAUGUCCUUGGUCAGUUUCAAAGGCAUAACAAGCCUUGAAAACUCAGUGUAGGACCCAACACAGAUAACUUUUUUGUUGGGACACACGGCUAUCGAUUAUAUCUCCAACAUUGGCAAGGAACUGUUUUUGUCUUUUAGACAAUUGGUUUGGGUUAAUCAACAGCAGGUGAAAGUCAUAAAAAUAAACAUAUCUAAGUUUAUCUGCAUACAUUAAGAGGCUGCUGGAUUUUAUGUUUCUUACUGGAUCUCAGUCACAGAAUACACUAAGAUUUCAGCUGUCAUACAGUUCUACCACCUCAAUACUGCCAUAUAGCAUUGUCUCAGUAUUCUAGUAUAUUUUCUUUCAAAAUACUGGACUGUGCAUGCAGCUUUGUAGCCAACAUGGAUAUUAUUUCAUGGAUAUUAUUCAAGUGGAUAAAGUAUUUUCAGCUACCUCUUCAAUCAUCAUUAUUUUUUUUAAUAAGUAUGAACAUUAGAUGUUUACCGACUAUUAAUUUUUUAUCUCAAUAUUUUCCACUGGAAUAGCACUUUGAGAAGCAAGUUGGCAGGGCUGGAAACCCAAGCCUGUUAUCCAAACAAAAGCAAACCAAGAAAGAGUAGGAGGCCCCUGUCUUUGAUAAAUGAACAGAGCAUUUCAGCGAAGCUGAAAACAUUAAUCUUUCUUUGGGAAUUAAUAUAUUACUAUUGGAAAACUGUUUCUUUAGUGAAAUUCCUCAUACAAAAUUUAUACUGCAGUUCUUGCAAUGCAUAAUUUCAGCAAUUACCUACAGGCCAAAUAUACACCAGCUCUUUCUAUUUCUUUUUGCUGUUUUAUCACUAUGAAAGAAGACUGCUGUUUUUACUGGCAUUUCCACAUUACCCUAAGUUCUAGAUCAGACUAUGUCCUAUAAACAUAAAAUUUGUCUUCUUGAUGCAGCUCAUUUCAUUUUGGUAACAGGUAUAAAGUCUUAACUGCACCCACUGCUUUGUGUCCACAGUAGGUAAAUGUGUUGGUACAGCUAUCAAAAAGCCCCCGUGUGGAGGCCUUGGUUAUCCUGGAAUCCUGUCUUUGGGUCUAACUGAAAUCUUGUGAGCAGAUGCUGCCUUAUCCCAUGGAAUUGCAGGCUGUAUUUAACUGCUGAAACGACCAAGAACCGUAACAACGUUCAGCACAGAACAAGCCUAUCACCACCAGAGGCCACUGCUGCUCUUCGCGUUUUUUCUGUGUGCAGCUGGGCUCCUAGCAAGCAGAAAGCUGCAGGGAGCCCCAGGCAAGAGUCACAGCAGUUGCAUCCCUCGUCUUCCCUAUCUAUGCAUCAAUGCUGCACUUCUGCAGAGAAUAUUAAAUACAUUUAAAUAAUCUUUAUUUUUUUUUACUGGCAGACAGAAGAAGAAAUUUUCCAAAUGCACUUAUCCAGUCUCAGCCUUCAGGAAGAAAUGAAAACUCGCAUUCCAAAAUCCUGAUUUCUCUCCUUGAUAUGAUUAAAUUUGGUAGCUAAAGGCAAGUGUUCAGAUGUAAUUUAAUGAGAUAUUUGAAAAGCAUUUAAUUAAUUGCUGACAAAAACCAGCUCCAUACAUUUCCAGCAGAAGAUGAUAAAAAUUAUCAAUACUUGAUGAUGAAAAAAACCCAGUAAAUAAAACCUUGUUGCUAUAAGUUACAGGUAUCAGUACUUUGCCUGCUAUUUAAUUUUGAUCAAUAAAUGGAAGUACACAUUUAAUUCUAUUUCCUGAGAAAUACUGAAAUAGAGAAAAUGAUAUAAAAGCAUUAAGUGAUAAAGGCAGGGAGACUGAAUUUGCUUGAUCAACUAGGCCCACGCAAUAUCAAAUGCAUUUUAAUAGAGGCCGCUGAAACACUACACGGGCUGAAAUAAAGAAACUGGCCAUAUGUUGGCCAUAUGGGGUAGGGGGAGGAAAAGAAGGAUAUCCUAGAAUGCAAGGAGAAGAAUUUGAGCAUCUCAACAGCUGAGCAACUCAGUGAUUCCGGGCAAAAGCCAGUCUUGAAUCUACUAUUGGGCAAAAGACUGCGUAGCCUUAAACUAAAAUUCAUUUUAUCACUGCAGGCAGCAUCCUCAUAGCAGUUCCGUUUAUACAGAGAUCACAGGAUAGUUUGGGUUGGAAGGGCCCUCAAAGCCCACCCAGCCCCAUCCCCUGCUGUGGGCAGAGCUGCCCCCCGCCAGCUCAGCUGCCCAGGGCCCCAUCCAACCUGGCCUUGAGCGCCUCCAGGGAUGGGGCACCACAGCUUCUCUGGGCAGCUGUGCCAGCGCCUCACCGCCCUCUGAGGGAAAACACACCUUUUCUGAGUACUUGAAAUUAAAAGGCGCAGAAGAAAAACCUAACUCAGAAAGCCUUAGAAUUUGAAACAGGCUAAGCUAUUCAGAUAAUGGAAAAAGCUCAAUGAAGUGACCCUUCAAAAGCAGGCGCUGAAAGCUUUGAAUUUAUUAAGGCACGGUAAAAACGUCAAUUUAAAAAUGGAAGCUUUGUGAAUUCUAACAGGGAACACAGCAGUUCCAUUGGAAGCAGCGAAGGCCACCAAGAGCUAGAACGAUAUAUGGGUGGAAGCAUCUCCUCUUUAAUGGCAUGAACCCACCACAGCCACGCUCCACAGCCCAAACCCGGCCCCGCUCAGACCCCAACUCUUACCCACCCCCCGCUUUACGCAUGCGCCCCCCUCCCACCGCAAGCUUUACUCCCGCGCAUGCGCACCCGGCUCCCCUUUCCCUCCCGCAGCGCGCCUGCGCCGCUUGGCCUCGCCAUGGUGUGCUGACACCGAAUAUAGAGAACGGUAAUUUUCCCUACCAAGUACCCAGCUUCCAUAAGUGUGAGAUCUGUUUGCUGUCUUUCCCAAAAGAGACCCAGUUCCAGCGCCAUAUGAGGGAUCAUGAGCAAAAUGACAAGCCUCAUCGAUGUGACCAGUGUUCAAUGUCAUUUAAUGUUGAAUUCAACUUGACACUACAUAAAUGUACUCACAAUGGCGAAGAUCCUACGUGUCCUGUGUGCAACAAGAAAUUCUCCAGAGUGGCCAGCCUGAAAGCUCAUAUAAUGCUGCAUGAGAAAGAAGAGAAUCUUAUCUGUUCAGAGUGUGGAGAUGAAUUUACAUUACAGAGUCAGCUGUCCAUACACAUGGAAGAACAUCGUCAAGAAUUGGCAGGCAGUAGGGUCCACAGCUGCAAAUCUUGCAAAAAGGAAUUUGAAACUUCCUCACAGCUGAAGGAACAUAUGAAAACUCACUAUAAAAUAAGGGUAUCAAAUACCAGAUCUUAUAACAGAAAUAUUGACAGAAGUGGGUUCACCUAUUCCUGUCCUCACUGUGGAAAGACGUUCCAGAAACCAAGUCAGUUAACUCGGCACGUUAGAAUACAUACAGGUGAAAGACCGUUUAAAUGUAGUGAAUGUGGAAAAGCCUUUAACCAGAAGGGGGCGUUGCAGACCCAUAUGAUCAAGCACACUGGUGAAAAACCCCAUGCCUGUGCCUUUUGUCCUGCUGCCUUUUCUCAGAAAGGCAAUCUUCAAUCACACAUACAGAGAGUUCAUUCAGAGGUGAAGAAUGGCCCUACGUACAACUGUACAGAAUGUAGCUGUGUCUUCAAAAGCUUGGGUAGUUUAAAUACGCAUAUCAGCAAGAUGCACAUGGGUGGUCCACAGAAUUCUGCAAGCUCUUCAACAGAUGUAUCUCAUGUUGCAGCGGACUCUGUCACCCAGCCUUUAACAACAGCUCCUGCUAAUCUUUUGCAACCUGUUGAUAAUAAGUGGAAGAACGCCACACAUUUCCGGUCUCCGCUUCUUCAGCAGACAGAAAACCAGGUGUCUUCAGCUACUGCUAAUCAGGGACAACAGGCUGUAACUGAUGUCAUCCAACAGCUCCUUGAGUUAUCAGAACCAGGUGCUGUAGAAAAUAACCAGCCUCAGCAACCUGGUCAACAACUCAACAUUGCUGUGGGACUCAACAGAGAUAUUUUACAGCAAGCUCUAGAGAACAGUGGAUUGUCUUCAAUUCCUGUCUCCGCACAUUCUACUGACUGCAGCCAAGCUAAGACUCCUGGGACCCAGGAUCAGAACACAGAUGUCCAGGCUCUCUCGAAUCAUCAGGCUGACUCUAAUAAUGCAGAACAAGAUAAGGAACAAGAGAGUACAGAUAAACUGGAUAAAAAAGAAAAAAAGGUUAUUAAGAAAAAAUCGCCAUUUUUACCUGGUUCUAUACGUGAAGAAAAUGGAAUAAGGUGGCAUGUUUGUCCAUACUGCUCUAAAGAAUUUAAAAAACCAAGUGAUUUAGUGCGUCACAUUCGCAUUCAUACCCACGAGAAGCCAUUCAAGUGUCCCCAGUGUUUUCGUGCAUUUGCUGUUAAGAGUACUCUCACAGCACACAUAAAAACACAUACUGGCAUUAAAGCUUUCAAGUGCCAAUUUUGUAUGAAAUGCUUUUCCACUUCAGGGAGUUUAAAAGUUCAUAUACGUCUACAUACAGGUGUUAGGCCUUUUGCUUGUCCUCACUGUGACAAGAAGUUUAGAACAUCUGGCCACAGGAAAACUCACAUCGCUUCACAUUUUAAACAUAGUGAACUAAGAAAGAUGCGACAUCAACGUAAACCUGCGAAAGUUCGAGUAGGAAAGACGAGUGUUCCUGUACCAGAUAUCCCUUUGCAAGAGCCCAUACUCAUCACUGAUUUAGGUCUUAUCCAACCAAUUCCAAGGAAUAGCCAGUUCUUCCAAAAUUAUUUUAACAGUAAUUUUGUGAAUGAUGCAGACAGACCGUAUAAAUGUUUUUAUUGCCAUCGAGCCUAUAAAAAAUCUUGUCAUCUUAAACAACAUAUCAGGUCACAUACUGGUGAAAAACCCUUUAAGUGCUCUCAGUGUGGAAGAGGUUUUGUGUCAGCGGGAGUUCUGAAAGCACAUAUUAGAACACAUACUGGACUGAAAGCUUUCAAGUGUCUUAUAUGCAACGGGGCCUUCACUACCGGUGGUAGCCUCAGGCGGCACAUGGGGAUCCAUAAUGACCUUCGGCCGUAUAUGUGUCCGUAUUGUCAAAAAACAUUCAAAACCUCAUUAAACUGUAAAAAACAUAUGAAGACUCAUAGAUAUGAACUUGCACAGCAACUUCAGCAACAUCAACAGUCUACUUCAAUAGAUGAUUCUACAGUAGAUCAACAGAGCAUUCACGUUUCUGCACAGAUGCAAGUUGAGAUUGAAAGUGAUGAGCUGCAGCAGUCAGAAGCUGUUGCAACAGAUCAACAAGCAAUUUUAGAGUUAGACCAGCAGCCAGUAGGAGGCACAGAAGAAACAGCACUUGAACAACAAUUGACUGAUCAACCUUUAGAGCAAGAUGAGGAUAGAUUUGUGACAUCCCAGCAUGCUUUACAGGAGAACAUCACUCAAUUUGAGCAACAAUCUAUAACACAGCAGUCAUUUGAUCAACAGGGCUUAUCACAAGGGUUUGCAGUUAAUGAGAGCUACAAUCAACAGACCCAGUUUCCAGCUGUACAGCAGCUGCAGGAUUCAAGCACACUUGAAUCUCAGGCUCUUUCAACAAGUUACCAUCCGCCAUCCCUUCUUCAAGUUCCUAAUACAGACGCUAUUAAUGUAACCACUCGCUUGAUACAAGAUCAAUCAUCACAAGAAGAGCUUGAAUUGCAUACCCAAAGGCCUCAUUUUCUUGAGGACAGUGAAGAUCAAAGCAGGCGUUCAUAUAGAUGUGAAUAUUGCAACAAGGGUUUUAAGAAAUCCAGCCAUUUGAAACAACAUGUACGAUCGCAUACUGGUGAGAAGCCUUAUAAAUGCCAACUAUGUGGCCGUGGCUUUGUUUCCUCAGGAGUUCUUAAGUCACAUGAAAAGACUCAUACAGGAGUUAAAGCAUUCAGCUGUAGCAUUUGCAAUACAUCCUUCACAACUAAUGGCAGCCUUACAAGGCACAUGGCAACUCACAUGAGCAUGAAGCCUUACAAGUGCCCAUUCUGUGAUGAAAGCUUUCGAACAACUGUUCACUGCAAAAAGCAUAUGAAAAAACAUCAAGCAGUCUCCUCAGCUGUAGCAGCAGCUACAGAAACAGGAGGGGGAGUUGCAUGUGUUGAAGACGAUGAUGAAAAUUCUGAAAGAGCUUCCAGAAAAUCUCGUCCUGGUGUCAUAACAUUUACAGAAGAAGAAACAGCAGAACUGGCAAAAAUUAGGCCUCGAGAAAGUGCUACUGUCUCGGAAAAAGUUCUUGUUCAAUCUGCUGCAGAGAAAGACAGAAUCAGUGAGAUCAAAGAUAAGCAGGCAGAAUUGGAAGCAGAGCCUAAAUAUGCCAACUGUUGUAGUUACUGCCCCAAGAGUUUUAAAAAGCCCAGUGAUUUAGUCAGGCAUGUUCGUAUCCAUACUGGAGAGAAGCCGUAUAAGUGUGAAGAAUGUGGAAAGAGUUUCACUGUAAAAUCUACUCUAGAUUGUCAUGUUAAAACACAUACAGGUCAAAAGCUCUUCAGUUGUCAUGUGUGCAGUAAUUCUUUUUCUACAAAAGGAAGUCUAAAAGUCCACAUGCGUCUGCAUACAGGAGCAAAGCCAUUUAAAUGUCCACACUGUGAUUUACGGUUUCGUACUUCUGGGCGCAGAAAAACCCACAUACAGUGUCAUUAUAAACCAGAAACAAAGAAGGUUAGGAAGCCUGUUGCCCGUACUUCAGCUGAGGGACUGCAGCCAGUCAGUCUUCUUAAUUCAUCUUCAACAGAUCCUAAUGUUUUCAUCAUGAAUAACUCUGUUUUGACAAGUCAGUUUGAUCAAAAUUUACUUCAACAAGGACUUGUGGGCCAGGCUAUCCUGCCUGCUUCUGUGUCAGCUGGAGGUGACUUAACUGUGUCCUUGACAGAUGGUAGCUUGGCCACUCUUGAAGGAAUACAGUUACAACUUGCUGCUAAUCUGGUUGGACAAAAUGUUCAAAUCUCCGGAAUAGAUGCUGCUAGUAUUAACAACAUAACCUUACAGAUUGAUCCAAGCAUACUACAGCAGACAUUACAGCAGAGUAAUAUACUUGCUCAGCAGCUAACUGGAGAUCCCAAUAUGGCUCCACAAAAUCCCUCCCUCCAGACAACAGAAAAUGCAGUGCCAGCUAAUGUGGUUAUCCAGCCUAUAUCUGGCCUGUCUUUGCAGCCUACAGUAACAUCUUCAGCUAACAUGACAAUUGGAUCCCUAUCUGAGCAAGAGUCUGUGCUGACAACCAGUGCUAGUGGUACACAGGACAUCUCCCAGGUCAUGACUUCACAGGGUAUGGUGUCAUCUUCAAAUGGACAACAUGAGAUAACAUUGACCAUAAAUAAUUCCAGUUUGAGUCAAGUUCUAGCUCAUGCUACUGGUUCUACUACAGCAAGCUCAUCAGGAAGUCCUCAAGAAAUCACUCUUACAAUAUCUGGUCAAGAUCUUAUUCAGCAUAAUUCUGGAAGCAGUGAUCUGAAUAGUAGCUUAAGGCUGACAGCACCAACCAUCAGCAGUCAGAGUACAGGUGCGACAUUAACUAUAAGCAACGACCACCUUCUUUCUCAGGGCACUUCACUAAAUGCUCCAGAACUUAAUACAACAAGUGGAACAAACCUUCCUUCAACAACACCCAUCUCUCAGUCUACAGUUUCUGCCCAGAAUUUGGUCAUGUCUUCAUCGGGAGUUGGAGGAGAUGGUAGUGUCACGUUGACUCUUGCUGAUACUCAGGGAAUGUUGUCAGGUGGUCUUGAUGCAGUUACGCUUAAUAUCACGUCACAGGGUCAGCAGUUCCCUGCUAUACUCGCAGAUUCCAGUCUCGCUAGCCAAAGUGGGUCAGGCUCACAGCAAGUCAUACUGGUGAGCCAUACACCACAUUCAGCAACUGCAAACUCUGAUGAAAUAACGUAUCAGGUGACAGAGGUUUCUCCUAAUGUGACUAAAAGCAAUCAAGCAGAAAAAGAAGGCCGUGUGCACCAGUGUUUUGAGUGUAGUCAAACCUUUUCUUCGGCCACCAUGUUGAUGCAUCACAGUAAAGAGGUUCAUGGCAAGGAGAGAAUACAUGUUUGUCAUGUCUGCAAUAAAGCCUUUAAGCGGGCAACACAUCUCAAGGAGCACAUGCAAACCCAUCAGGCUGGACCUUCACUGAGUUCCCAGAAGCCUCGGGUGUUUAAGUGUGAUACCUGUGAAAAAGCUUUUGCGAAACCAAGUCAGCUGGAGAGACACUGUCGCAUUCACACAGGGGAACGGCCAUUUCAGUGUACGCUAUGUGAAAAGGCUUUUAACCAGAAGAGUGCUCUUCAAGUUCACAUGAAAAAGCACACGGGAGAAAGGCCUUAUAAGUGCGAUUACUGUGCAAUGGGUUUUACACAGAAAAGCAAUAUGAAACUUCAUAUGAAACGGGCUCAUGGUUACACUGGUCCUGUACAAGAACCUGCUAGUAAUCAAGAACAAGAAGGGGAAGAUAUUAGUCGUGCUCUGAAUUUAGAAGAAGUGGUACAAGAAUCGUCGAAUGAAUGGCAAAAUAUAGGCAGUGUUUUUCGAUGACACCUUGAUGUCUGAAAGCUGACCUUUGUUUUUUUUCUUGGAACUUGAGCUUCUCUAAAGAAGUUUUCAGAGAAGGAAAAAGAUGGAUUUUACAGUUGAAGCUUCAAGCAUUGGAAAUAUUAACAAUAUGAUAAUAUUAUAGGAUUUUUUUAAUUAUUUGCAGAAAUUACCUAAAAGAAUCAAUGUCUUUUUUUAAACUUGUUGAAAAACAUUGGGAAAUCAUCACUUAAUCUGUGCUAAGUGGUCUGUGAAUGAAUGAACUCAGGUAAUACUGUAUACACUUUCAUCUUCUAAUUCACAGCCAGAAUAUCUGUUUGAAAAAUGAACUGGAACUUUGUUCUAGAGUAGAAUUUUUAAAGGAGGGGAAGAAGAACUACAUGGGAAAACCAUGAAGCUGUUAGUUUUCUUUUUUUUUUUUUUUUCUUUUUACCUAUUUAAAGAAAUAAUUGAAUUUGGAAACAAAAUGUUACCGGUAGAUGCAUGCAGUAAAAAGUAGUUCUUUUCUUUUUACAAGGCACAGAAAAAGGCUGUAUUUUUGUUUUAAGUUAGUGCAUUUUCAGAAUGUUGAAAUAAAUUGCCACGAAUGUAUGGCUUUUCUUGAGUUAAGCUCUUUAGAGGGAGCUUGUUCAUUUCCAUUCCAACCACAAAGGCGGGUGGUUGUUUCUACAUAGAAGUGCUUGAGGUUUUAAACUCAGCAGUAAUUAUUUCAGGAGAAUUCAAACCAGGAAGGGUUACAAGGAAGGCCUCUUUUCUGUUUGCUGUAUCAGACUAGCAGGUCCAUAUCCCAAUGUCUGUGGAAGGCACAGCCAUAUGCUAAAUUUUGAAAGUCAAGAUACGGUUUGAUGUUAGUCAGAAAGUGAAAUGCACGCUAGGUCACCUAUAUUAUACAAAAUUCCCCAGUGCUGUAAACAGUUACUUCAAAUCUGUAAAUUACUCAUUGUUUGCUUUGUGGAUUUUGGAAAUACGUUACUUUUGUUUGUUGUUUAAGUCAUUGUUUCAUCCAAACUACCUAGAUGACUAAGCAAUGCUUUGAAAGGUGCCACUUAAAUCUAUUCAUAGCGAAGAAACACUGGAGUAAAAACAUAGUCAUCUUUUAGACAUUCCAAAGACAAGCUCUUAUUUUUAUCUUGUUCUUUUGAAUUUUAUUUAUAUGUUACAUAUAUAUAUAUAGAUAUAUAUGUGUGCUUGUGUGUAUAUAUAUAUGUAUAUUUAAAGUUAUAUGAGCCUCUGUGUGGCUGAUCAGUAUAUUUUGUAAAUACUAAUCCUGGUUGCAGGAAGUUCAUCUUUUCGGUUUGCUGCGAGUACUCCUAGAUCAGUGGUGGUUUCAUUGUACUAUAAGACAGAGCUGAAUUUUAAUUUACUUUCUGAAAGAUGUUUGCUCUCAGAUUCAAAAAGCUCUCUUUUGUAAAUAUUGUCUAUACUUUGUCUAUGAUACCAACUAGUUAUUUCAGAUUGCUGAGGCAAGAAAUUACUGUUUUUUCGAUAGGGCAUCUCUUAAUUCUUUUGUUAACUCUUUUGGCAUAUGUAUAUAAGUAAUAUAGUUGUUGACAUGAAAAAUAACACUUUUGUUAUGUGGAAUAUUUAAUUCAAAAACAUGUUAAAUAAUAUUACUCUUUUCCUAA